AUGUCAAACGUAAUAAGCGGUAAAAUACUUAUACCAGUAUCAUUUGGGGCUUAUGCUUCAUUGGAUUAUCCAUUCAUAGUAUUGUGGGGGGAACAUAUUUAUAGACCUUACAAAAUACCAUUUUAUUAUGAUAAAUAUAACGAUAAAUAUAAUUACUACUAUUAUCCUAAUUAUAAUUCGCAAUCGGUGGUACCCACUGAAUACAGUUCAUCAUCAUCGUCAUCAUCAUCAUAUGAGAAUUAUGGAGAUAAUUAUAAUAAUGAAAUAUUGAAAAGUGAACAACAGGCGGAAGAUUUAUAUUAUUAUGACAGAAAUACAAAUGAUAAAACUUCACCUGCCAGUCAAAAAGAUGAUCAAAGUUAUAAAAAUGACAAUUAUCAGACAUCCUUUUAUGAUAAUAUUAAAUAUGCCCAGCCAGAUUAUAACACAGUUAAGAAAAAGAAAUCAAAUUCUAUGUAUAGUAAAUACAAUUACAAGAUGCCUGAAGUUACAAAUUCCCAUUACAGGAAACGCUUACAAAGAGAACCGACAUAUAAGUAUAAACCUAAUGUACAUAAAUUAAAGAAAUUUGGAUAUAAUCAAUACAAAGUAUCAAAGACAGUUUAUACUAAUGAUAACCUUAGAAAAUAUCACAAUAAUAACAGACAAGUAGGUUAUCAAUCGAGUAAAUCUAAUGAUCACCAUCAUAUCGAUGAUCACUAUCAUUUCGAUGAUCACUAUCAUAUCGAUAAUCACCAUUACAUCGAUGAUCACCAUCAUAUCAUUGAUCAAGAUCAUAUCGAUAAUGAACAUCAUAUCGAUGAUCACCAUUACAUCGAUGAUCACCAUCAUAUCAUUGAUCAAGAUCAUAUCGAUAAUGAACAUCAUAUCGAUGAUCACCAUUACAUCGAUGAUCACCAUCAUAUCAUUGAUCAAGAUCAUAUUGAUAAUGAACAUCAUAUCGAUGAUCACAUUACUAGGUCUUCAAACAAGGAUAACGAUAAGUCUGUAACAAUGAAAUAUUAUGAUCAACUUAUUGAUGAUAUGCGUAAACCGGAUUAUGAUAAUAAAAAUUAUAAUAAAUUUAAUUAUAAAAAUUAUCAAAAUUCUAAACGUGUUUACAAGAAACCAAUGAUCAAUGUUCGAGAAAUGUCAAAUGAUGUUUAUGAAAAAAGGAAAUUAAAAAAUGGUGAUGAAAAACGUCGAAAGGAAAACGGUAGGGAUCGAAAUGAUAAACCAAAACCUGACAAUGAAAAUAAUUAUAUUGAUAGAAAAACUAAUUAUGAUGAGGCCAUAAAUAGAAAAGCCCCAAAAAAUGAAAUGGGCAGAUCAGUAAAGAAGAGAGAAGACAAUAAAAAGGAGGUUAAAAAGGAAAGAAAAUAUUCAAGUAAAGAUGAUGUUAGUGUGAUUAAAGUAAUUAAUGAAUACGCAUAA